UAUCAGUAAGCCCAAACAAUAAAACCAAAAGCAAACCCGAUCGGGUCGAAUAUAAACUCCAGUCGGCACUCUGCUUCCACUUUCCGUCGUCACCGUCGACGAUAACAGAUCCACCGUUCUUCACCGGAUUAACCGUUGACCGUUAACAGUUUCCGAUUCGGUAAUGAAAACAUUAGCAAAAUGAGUUCAAAGGUUCAACCAGUAUCCAUGGAGGACAACAUUCAAGCUGGCGUAACAACUACUGCAUCUGUAUCAUCAACAGCAAGCCCAAAAGUUUCUCUGUUUGCAAAAAAAUCUGGAUUCGUAAUACCAAAAAACAAGCUAUCAGGUUCCCUGGUGCCCGCUUUUCGUCGCAAUAAAAAGCCAGGUGGCGUUGACGUGGAGAGCGAAGACAGUACGAAACAGAUACUGAGAAAAACAAAAUGGGGCCCUGAUUUGACACAAGAUGCUUUUGUUAAGAAAGGAAGAGCUUCUGCAUAUCAGACUAGAUUGGAUCAAAUUACACAACAACUAAAAUCUGGGAUUCUGGAGGUCGGAGAUGAUGUCGAUCAUGAUUCACCCACAGCUCAAGAAUCUUCAGACCGCCAAUCUAUUGUGAAAUCAGAGUUGGAAGCUGAAAGACGUGAGGUUAUCGGAGAAAUACUUAAGCUGAAUCCAAGUUUUAAGGCCCCACCUGAUUACAAGCCAUUGUUAAAAGAGGAUAAAGUUGUAAUUCCAAUCAAAGAGAAUCCUGGACACAAUUUUAUUGGGCUAAUAUUUGGACCGGCCGGUGAUACUCAAAAAAGAUUAGAAAAGGAAACCGGGGCGAAAAUACGAGUUUAUGGAACCAAAGCCGGUACAAAGAAAGAGAGUGAGAUAACUUCAUCUGACGGCAAUGAAGUUAACGGUGACUAUGAAAAGUUGUAUGUUCACGUGACUGCUGAAACUUACGAGAAAGUUGACGCUGCGGUUUCUCUGAUUGAGUUACUCGUCACCCCAGUUUUAGCAAAUGUUGUACCCGUUUCGACAAACGAUCCAGUUUCUGGGCAUAAUCUAACCGCGGUUAGUCUCAAUCAAGACACACCUGUGGUUGUAAAUACAGGAUCCGGACUAGACCCACCGUUAGCUCGGUUCCAGCCAUAUCCUAACCAAUGGGCUCCACCCGGUCAGUCACCACGGUUUAUUGCACCGCCUUUUCCAACACCGCCAAAUUCCGGACCCAUGUCAUCAUCAUUCAGCCCACGACCCGUUGUAUCUGGACCAAAUAUGGUUCACAUGCAUAAUACGGGUUAUCCUGGUCCACCUCGGAAUCCUUCUUUGCCACCGUUGCCGAUAUCGGCUCCAACUGGACCGAACCCGAAUGUGCGUCCGAUGGGGCCUGCUAGUUCUCGACCAGUUCCACCUUAUACGUUUCCUGAACAACGACCUUUAACGUCUAGUGGUUGGUCCCAGCCACCGGCUCGAACUCAAAUGCAACCAAUGGCUCGUCCUCAACCAUCACAACCAAUUCCGCCACCACCACCAGUUGGGUUUCGGACCGGGCCGCCUAACCCGGGUCCCACUUCAUGGUUUCCGUCACCAACGACACCCACAUCGAUACCACCACCGUCUAUACAGUCACCACCCAUAACCCCCUCCGUAAGACCACAGCAGCCCAGUUCUAACGAUUUCACCUUUCAAACCAACCGUGCACAAUCACCAUCUUUCCGUCCAGGAAUAAGCAAUCAUGUCGCGCCACCUGUCAUGCAAGGUUUUCAUAGGCCACAGAAUAGUAAUCAAAUGGGUCAACAUCAAGGUCCUGGUCAAGGUCAACAGUCGGUUUUCCCUGGGCAUGGUCCACGACCACCACCCAAUCAUUUGGGCCCGGGGCCGGGGCCCAGGCAGUUUGGUCUGGGUCCACCACCCAUUCCGUUCCAACCCAGGCCCGGAAACUUUGGAUCGGCUCAGCAAAUUCAACCAGGGUUUCGACCCCAGAACCUACAGCCAUUUCGUGGCAAUGUGGCGUAUACUAUGGGCAGGCCUGGUUUGAACACAUCUGGACCGCAACAGGUGUAUGAUCCUUUUUCGCCUACGGCUGUGCCACAUAAGCAUGGUAACCCACAAAGUUCGAGAAAACAAGAUAAUGAUCCUGAAUAUGAUGACUUGAUGGCAUCUGUUGGAGUGAAAUGAUUAGGCAUGUUUUGGUGAUCACUUGUUAUGACACUCUAUGUGAUCGACUCUUUUUUUAAAGUGUAAUAUGUGAGAAUUAGAUGAAGCUCGAUGCACAAUUCUUGACGACUACCCAAAACACGUUUUUCUUUGCGUCUUUGGUUCGAGUAUACGAUGAUUUUGUGUUC